CCGGCACCCACAACUCCCCACCACCACUCCGCGCCACCGCAUGCCCUCAUCCCUCCACCAUCCCAAAGAAAACAACCCAUCGCAGUCUGCGGCAGCGUUUUCUGCAAAUCUUGCAAGAACUCCACCAUUCCCAUCAAAGGGGCUGUGGUGAAAUUAGAGUGCAAGAACACGAAGAAGGAGAUGGAGGAGAGGACAGAGACGGACGAGAAGGGGUAUUUCUUGUUGAAGCCGAGGAUAGUGACGUCAGCGGGGUGGCACAAGUGCAGGGUGUCUCUGGUCUCUUCGCCGCACCGCAAGUGCAACGUGCCCACGAAUCACAACCUGGGCCGGGCCGGGGCGCCGCUGAACUUCCACCGGCCCGAGAACAAAACGCUGUCGUAUCCCCGCUUCACCGUCGGCCCGUUCUUCUUUAAGCACUAUAACCAGACUCACUGCAAAAAGCAUCUCAUUGGUUGAAAGGCUAAGCUCUGUUUGAAGAAGCUAAGGAAGAAGAGAUUAAUUAAUUUAGAGCAAUUAAGUUGUAAUGUUUGCAUUAUUAAUUACUAUUAUUAGUGUUUGUGUUUUGGAUGUUUUUUUUUUGAGGGAAGUGUUUUGGAUGUUAUUAGCCUUAUAUUGGAGUAUUAUUGGCCUUAGUUUGUUGUUGUCACUUGACUGAAAUCUUUAUUA